UCACACACUAAAAUAAAAGCAAACCCCACUUCACACGCUCAAAUAAAGUUUUAAACUUCACUCUCCAAUUCCUUACUUCAACAACCUUCGUUUCCUGCUUAUUUUAUUAUUAUUUAUUUUAAAAUAAAAAGGUUUUUUUUUUUUCUUCUUCUUCUUCUUUAGGAAUGUUAUGUCAAUAAACUUCAACAAGAAACAUCAACCGCUGCAAAACGCCAUGCCGGUGCAUCCAAUUCGCGACAUUCCAUCAUCGUUCGGAGAUCUGCCGCCGAAUUUAUCCUUACCGGAGCUCCGUGAAACGGCUUACGAGAUCCUGUUAGCAGCUUGCAGGAGCUCAGGUCCGAAGCCGUUAACAUUCAUAUCGCAGUCGGAGAGGGGAGCUAGGGAUCGGACUCCGACGGCUUCGCUUCACCGGUCACGGACUUCGACGGCGGCGAGCAAUGUGAAGAAGGCUCUUGGACUCAAAACGUCGUCGUCUUCGAGGAGUAAACGUGCAGUGACAACGGGGGAGUUGAUGAGAGUUCAGAUGAGAAUCUCUGAACAGAGUGAUAAUAGAAUUAGGAGAGCACUUCUCAGAAUUGCUGCUGCUCAGCUUACUAGGUCUUUGUUCAUGAAAUUAAAAUAGCUCGGAAGACGCAUGGAGUUGGUGGUUCUUCCUUUAGAGCUUAUACAACUCUUCAAGGUUUCAGAUUUUUCCACUGAACAAGAGUAUGAGGCUUCUUUUAGAAGAAAUUUGAAGGUUCUUGAAACAGGACUCCUCUUGCAUCCGCACAUUCCAUUAAAUAAAUCUGACAGUUCUGCACAGAACCUCCGCCGCAUAAUCUGUAAAGCCCUUGAGAAACCUAUGGAUAUUGCAAAGAGCAGUGAAUCAAUGCAAACCCUCCGGAGUGUUGUUUUGUCACUUUCUUGCAGAUCAUCUGACGGGUCUGUUCCUGAGACAUGUCAUUGGGCUGAUGGGUUUCCAAUGAACCUUUGGAUCUACCAAACUCUUUUAGAAGCCUGUUUUGAUAUUCAUGUUGAAAGUUGUGUGAUAGAAGAGAUUGAUGAGGUCUUAGAGCUCAUUAAGAAGACCUGGGUUAUGCUCAGAAUCAACGAAACGCUGCAUAAUAUUUGUUUCACAUGGGUCUUAUUUCAUAGAUAUGUCGUCACGGGUGAAUUAGAAAGCGAUCUGUUGUUUGCAUCUUGUAAUCUAUUGGGGGAAGUUGAGAAAGAUACUGUGAUCAUGAAGGAUCCUUUGUACUCAAAAACUUUGAGCUCCACAUUGAAUCUGAUGUUGGGUUGGGCAGAUAGAAGGCUCCUUGCCUACCAUGACACUUUCCAUAAUGGUAAUAUUGAAUCAAUGGAAUGCAUUGUAUCUCUUGCUGCACUAUCAGCAAAGAUACUGGCAGAAGAUAUCUCUCAUGAGUAUAAUACAGAGAAGGAAGAAGCCGAUGUAGCCUACACCAGAGUUGAAAAUUAUAUUCGAUCAUCAUUACGUGCUGUUUUCAUUCAGAAAUUGGAAAAAGUGGACCCCAGCAAGCAUCUAUCUAGAAAACAGAAUAAAGCUUUUCCCAUUCUUUCUGUCCUGGCACAAGACAUUACUGAACUGGCUUUUAAGGAGAAAGCCAUAUUUAGUCCCAAACUGAAGAGAUGGCAUCCUCUCGCCGCUGGUGUUGCGGUUGCUACCCUUCAUGUGUGUUACGGAAAUGAGUUGAAGCAAUAUGUUAAAGGUAUCAAUGAGUUGACACCUGAUGCUAUAGAAGUGCUGAUGGCUGCCGACAAGCUGGAGAAAGAGUUGGUGCAGAUAGCAGUGGAAGAUUCUGUUGACAGUGAAGAUGGUGGCAAAUCCAUUAUUAAGCAGAUCCAACCUUAUGAGGCUGAAUCUAUAAUUGCUAGUCUGGUUAAGUCAUGGAUAAAGAUCAGAGUGGAUAGACUGGGGGAAUUGGUUGACAGAAUUCUGCAACAAGAGGCAUGGAAUCUACGGGAAAAUAAAGAGGGGUUUGCUCCUUCUGCAGUUCAAGUUCUACGUUUCGUCGAUGACACUUUGGAAGCUUUCUUCCUGUUGCCCAUAUCCAUGCACACGAUUUUACUUCCUGAAUUGAUAUGUGGUCUUGACAAAUCUAUCCAACAAUACAUUUUGAAAGCAAAAUCUGGCUGCGGGAACCGUAAUACAUUCAUCCCGACUUUGCCUGCAUUGACUAGGUGUUCAACAAAAGCAAAAUACCACAGUGUAUUCCGGAAAAAAGAAAAGCCACAAAUGACUCAGAGGAGGAAAGCCCUUGUUGCAUCCACAAAUGGAGAUAGCUCAUUUGAUGUACCCCAACUGUUUGUUCGCAUCAAUACUAUGCAACGUAUUCGCAUGGAAUUAGGGGUUUUGGAAACGAGAGUAGUUGCUAAUCUUAGCAGUUCUAAUUCCAUUAAUGACGAUGAUAUAUCAGAUGGGGUGAGCUUCAAGCUUUCUGCAGCUGCUGCAGUGGAAGGUAUCCGUCAACUCUGCGAGUGUGUGGCGUACAAAGCUGUUUUCCAAGAUCUAUAUCACGUUCUUUGGGACGGUCUAUAUGUUGGAGAAGUUUCUUCGACCAGGAUUGAGCCUUUUCUUCAGGAGCUUGAACAAUACUUAGAGAUCAUAUCAUCAACAGUUCAUGAUAAAGUUAGAACUCGAGUAAUUGUUGAAGUAAUGCGGGCUUCUUUCGAUGGGUUCUUGUUGGUUUUGUUGGCGGGAGGUUCGUCUCGUGCUUUCUCUUUGCAAGAUUCUGUUAUAAUAGAGGAAGAUUUCAAGUUUCUGAGCGACUUGUUUUGGUCAAAUGGGGACGGAUUGCCAGCUGAAUUGAUAGAAAAGCAGUCUGCAACUGUUAGAAGUGUACUUCCCUUGUUCCACGCGGAUACUCAACACAUAAUUCAGCAAUUUAUUGAACUUACUAAGGAAAUGUAUGGUUCUACGGCUAAAUCUCGGCUUCCGUUGCCUCCAAAAGCAGAUCAAUGGAGCCCAAGAGAACCGGACACGCUUCUUCGAGUUUUGUGUUACAGGAAUGAUGAGGCAGCAGCCAAGUUCCUUAAGAAGAAUUACAACUUGCCUACGAAAAUCUAACAAAUUGACAAGUAACCCCCUGAUAUUACUUCAAGCCUUGCCACCUUAUAUAUAUAAAUUUAGUUGCUUAAUUUUUCUGUUUUGAAAUUCUCACUGGUAAAAGUGGUAUGCAUGAUACUACUCUUAAUCAGUGGUUUGGUUAACUUUAGGAAAUAUGGUGCUUUAUCUUCGAUAAUGCUUAAAACUAUAUUUGUACAGGUAUCUGUGAUUCUUUGUUGAUGUUUCCAGCUUGUGACAAAAAGCAAUUUCUGACCUCACCGUGAUGUGGUAUUUUUUUCUUACACGAACAAGUCUUGAGUUUGGCCAUGUAAUAAAUCUAAUUAUUUUAUUUA